AUGGAACCCUCCAUACAGUUUGCAGAGCAAAUCGCGCCUUCUGGUCAAAAUAACGCAUCGUCACACACUGCCAUUGGCGGGGUAGUGCGUCUGCGCUCUCGUACACAGUCUGUUGGCCGCAGGGGAUCGAUAGAUCUCGCAAAGGCAGACGACUAUGAUGUUGCCGAAGACGAAGAUGCAGGUUUACGAAACGAGGCAGACUACAAGCGUAGUCAGGCCUUCAGUAUCGGUCAGGUCUUCGUACUCGCGUACCAGUCCAUCGGUGUGAUCUACGGUGACAUCGGCACCUCACCCCUUUACGUUUUCUCGUCUACGUUCACGGAAGCUCCGAACCGCAUUGAUCUACUUGGCGUGCUCUCGCUUGUCUUGUGGUCGAUUACUUUGAUGGUAACAGUGAAGUACAUCCUCAUCGUAUUAUACGCAGACAACGAUGGCGAGGGCGGCACUUUCAGCACCUAUUCGCUACUUUCAAGAUAUGCAAAUAUCUCGAAUAGAGAUCCACGAGAGGAGUCGCUUGUCCGCAUGGAGAGGCACGAUACCAACGAUCUCGGCCGUUCUACCAAGAACAUUCGAUCUGGAAUCGAGAAGUCUGUAUUCGUCCGUGGCCUGCUCAAAGCAGUCGGAGUACUCGCAGUCUCCAUGGUCAUGGCUGAUGGCGUCUUGACUCCAGCUCAGUCCGUGUUAGGUGCUGUACAAGGACUGAGCGUCGUGAAGUCAGACAUUGACAAAUCGACCAUCGUUGGUGUCUCCUGUGCAAUUCUGAUUCUGAUGUUUGCCGUACAGCCGUUAGGCAUAUCCAAGCUGACUGUAGUCUUCUCGCCAAUUGUUAUGGUGUGGCUGCUCAUGAACGCAGGCUUUGGAGUCUACAAUUUGGCCAAAUACGACUACACGAUUCUGAAGGCCUUCAACCCAUACUACGCUUUCGAUUACUUGAUGCGCAACUCUUAUCUUGGCUGGAAGAGUUUAGGUGGUAUACUGCUCGCUUUCACUGGAGUAGAGGCUCUCUUUGCCGAUAUUGGUGCUUUCAGCCGCCGCGCCAUACAGCUCAGUUGGCUGGGCUAUGGCUUCCCAUGCCUCCUACUUGCGUACAGUGGCCAAGCUGCUUAUAUCAGCAAACACCCGGACGCAUAUUCGAACCCCUUUUUCAAUUGCGCUCCGCAGGGUUGGCUGAUCUUCUCGCUGAUCGUAGCCAUUGCUGCUGCUAUCGUGGCCUCGCAGGCAAUGAUCACAGCGACAUUCCAGCUCCUUGCACAGAUCAUGAAACUGUCGUACUUUCCGCAAAUCAAGGUCGUUCACACGUCGACAACCUAUCAUGGGCAGCUGUACGUACCGGCCGUCAACUGGCUGCUCAUGGUGGGAACAGUGCUAGUCACUGCCAUUUAUAACAACACUACGUCUCUCGGCCACGCCUAUGGCGUUUGCGUUAUGUUUGUCACGUUCUUCGACACAUGCAUGGUGACGUUGGUAGCGAUUCUGGUCUGGCGCAUCAAGCCGUACUACAUCUUCUUGCCGGCGCUGACAGUCGCAUCCUUGGACGGAGCCUAUUUGUCAUCUGCGCUGACCAAAGUGCCGGAUGGUGCAUGGUUCACUAUCCUUUUAGCUUCGCUACUCGCUUCUAUCUUUAUCCUUUGGCGCUUUGGCAAAGAGAAGCAGUGGUUCGCAGAGGCCAGCGAUCGAUUCCCAACUACCCACUUUGUAAAGACACGGUCGGAUGGACAGCUACAACUUACAGAGCGGUAUGGUAGUGAACUGGUCGGCUCCAUGGAAGGGUUCGGAAUCUUCUUCGACAAAGCUGGUGAGACAACUCCUAUCGUCUUCAAUCAGUUUAUCCGCAAACUCGUGGCCGCGCCUUCAGUCAUCAUAUUCUUUCAUCUCCGACCGCUCGAUCAACCCUUCGUUGAGCCGGAAAAUCGUUACAGCGUAUCGCGACUUGCCAUUCCCAACUGCUACCGCCUCGUUGUUCGACAUGGAUACAUGGAUGAGGUCAUCACGCCCAACCUCGCAUCGCUCAUCUACGAAAAGGUGCACGAACACAUUGUGCAACGAGCUCUCGAUCGAGAGGGUGAGAAAGCUACCGUUGCACCAGCAAGUGGCGUCGACAAUUCCGAGCGAGAUAAUGUCUCCUCGCGCAGCUCGACAACAUCAUCUCGUCUGGAAGCACUGGAACGAUCUUAUCGCCAUAAGGUGUUGUACAUUACCGGGAAGGAACAGAUGAAGAUCACGCCAGGAACAAACAUCGUGCGCAGGUUCUUCCUCCACAUCUUCCUUUUCAUUCGCGAGAAUACACGGACCAAGAUUGCGAGUUUGGAUGUACCCAUGGACAAGGUGAUUGAAGUAGGAUUCGUGAAGGACAUAUAG